UCCACAGCAGCAGCAGUCAUCCUGGCUGGUUUGCAGGGGACAGUCUACAACAACAGCAGUGCCUGCAAGGCCUGGAAUUUCUUCACUCGAACCUCGUGAUCCACCGAGAUGUGAAGAGCAGCAACAUCCUUCUCAGAACCGAUGGCUCUGUCAAGCUGGCUGACUCUGGCCUCUUUGCUCAGCUCACCCCUGAGCAGAGUCAACGGAGCUCAGUGGCCAGCACUUCUGGGUGGAUGGCGCCUGAAGUGGUGACAGGUCAACCAUGUGGCCCCAAAGUGGACAUAUGGUCUGUUGGAAUCGUGGGCAUCGAAAUGGUGGAACGAGAAGUUCCUUACCAGAAUGAAACUCCUGUUUUGCCUCAACUCCUGAUAGCCAUACGAGGGACACCAAAGCUGCAGCAGCCCAACCGAUUCUCGCCUUGCCUGCGUGACUUCCUGAGCUGCUGCCUGCAGACAGACGAGGCGCGGCGCUGGUCUGCCAAGGAGCUCCUGCAGCAUCCAUUUGUAACACUUGCUGAGCCUGUGUCCAGCCUGGUGCCACUGAUUGUUUCAGUGAAGAAGAGGAAGGAGGCAAGAAUGUGAUAAUCACAUCAGGACCAUUACCAUUGACUUAGAGUAGGAUUGUAGGUUAGGGUUAGGUUUAG